ACACAUUUCUAUGUUGAACAGGAAACAGCACGGAUGUAAUUUCAUGCAACGCAAGUUCCUUUUCCGGCCUCUUUUCCUUUAGCCACCGGACUAAAAUGACGAAGGGGACAUCAUCUUUCGGUAAGCGUCGGAACAAGACGCACACCUUGUGCCGUCGUUGUGGGUCCAAGGCCUAUCACCUGCAGAAGUCCACCUGUGGCAAGUGUGGCUACCCCCAGAAACGCAAGAGAAAGUACAACUGGAGUGCAAAGGCCAAGAGGAGGAACACCACUGGGACUGGCCGUCUGAGACACCUGAAGGUUGUCUACCGCAGAUUCAGAAAUGGUUUCCGUGAAGGCACCACCCCCAAACCCAGACGUGCUGCAGUGGCUGCCUCCAGCUCAUCCUAAACACAUUUUUGGUUAAAUAAAUGUGAUGUUAAACAGGG